AUGGAGGGUAACAUGCUGGGCAUCUCGGUCGCCGGGUGCGGCGCCGACGCGGCGGCGGAUGAUUUCAAGUACAUCUGCGGGCUGAGCACCAUCCUCGUCGCCACCAUCCAGGAGGUCAAGGACCGGGUCUCCCAGAUGGAGUUCAUCUUCUGCAGCCAGCUCUUCCCGCACAUCCAGGCAAAGUCCAAGCUCCUCCACGCGCGCCACUCCCACGAUUCCACCGCCACCAGGACGGCCGAGGACGAGUGGAGGAAGAGGGAGGCCGGCCUGGUCAGCCAGCUGGAGGAGCUCAGCUGCGGGAAGCGGCGCGCGGAGGACAGGCUGCUGGAGUUGGAGACCUCUCUGGAGGAGAUGAAGGGGAGGCUUGCGGAUGCCGCGCGAUUGGCCUCGGAGCAUGGUGCCGAGAAGAAGCGGCUUCUGUCGAGACUAGAGGAGGAAAUGGAGAAAGAUGAGGUGAUUCGUCGGCUCCAGAGGGAGUCCGCUGAGAUGUCAAGGGAGAGGGAGGCCCAGCAGCAGCUCCUGCUGCAGCAGAUGGAGUCCAAGGAUAAUGAUCUUGCUCUUGAGAAGAAUAAGGUCAAUCUUGUCACUGCCAGGUACAAGGAUCUCAAGUCUCAGUACAACCAUCUUCUUGCAAAGCUUGACCAGAUUGAAGGCUCCAAGUCUCCUGUCAACAGCAAGGCCUCCUCUGGAAGUCCUCAGAGCAAGAGAAAGCUUAAAGAUUUACAGGACAGAGAAAAGGAGAGCAUUCAGCUAGUGUCUAAGACUGAAGACCAAAAGAAUGCUUCUAAUUCAUCUGCCAAGGCCCAACAGACUCCACAUGCUACCUCUGGAAGCCCUCCGAGUAAGAGAAAACUUAAAGAUGCCCAUGACACAGUAAAGGAGAGCAUUCAGUUAGUCUCUAAGACUGAAGACCAAAAGAACACUCCUAAUUCAUCUGCGAAGGCCCAACAUACUCCACGUGCUACCUCGGCCAGGAGCCUGUUCAGUAACUCCCGCCUUUCUCUACCAUCUCAUCCAACCAACCCUCCACAAAAGAAUGCUGCUAGCACUUCAAAGACAGAUGCAUCAUCUAGUUUCACCCGCCCAAGUCACUGGAGGGAAACUCGCGCACGCAAGGAACCAGGUGUUGUUGAUCCACAUGACGAUUUUCUUGAUACUCCUCUGGAGGCUGUCAGAAAUACAAUCAGGAAUCCUACAGCUCGCGAAGAAGCACUAGCUCUUGCUGCCCCUCCUCCCCAAGAUAUGGACUUCAAUAACUCUGACGAUGAGACUCAAGACAUCAACAUUGCCACUCAGGGCCUCAACAACAUACCAGUUCCCAAGCAACGAAGCGCCAUUUCAAUCCAUCCACCAAAUAAAGGUUUCAAAUACACAGAACCUGUAAGAAAGAAAGCUGACCGGGAGAAUUUGAAAGGUGUUGAAUGCAAGCAGUGCAAGAAGUUCUAUGAUGCUGUGCUUCCUGAUGGCCGCGUGAAUGGUAAUGGCAUGGAUUCUACAAGCAUGAGGUGCGAGCAUCAUGAUGGCGUGUCCAGACAUAGGUACAGGUAUGCUCCUCCAUCGACGCCUGACGGGUUUUGGAACAUUGGAUUUGAAUCAGAAAUGUAACAUCUGAAGCAGGAGGCAAACUUCUUUGGUGUACAAUAUCCUGUCACAACAUAGAUUCUCAGUUACCCCUGGAUAUUGGUAAUGGUGCAGCAAAUAUGAUGGAGAAAUACAAAUGAUCGUUGAGGUUGAUGAUAGUUACAUAGUGCCAAUUUGUUGAGGAUAGAACAUUGUGUCAGUUUACCAGUUCUAUGUAAAUCCAGAAAAGAUGAACAGUUGCUUUUUUGCGUUAAUUUACAAUUGAAAAAGCAGUUCU